UACAGACGACCAUGCCAUCAAAGAUAAUCUUCAAAGAACCAUACAAUAAUUCAAAUGUCCCUUAACUUUUUCAAGUGUUUAGCUGCACAAAUUUUACAUUUUACUUUAGAGCACCGAGUACAUAGCUGUUCGAACAUUGAAUACAGCAUGAGUUCAUCUGGAGGAAUCAUCCGGGUCAGAAUUCAGUGGACAUCUUAAAUUUUGCCCUAUCGAAAAUUUUCCAAGGAUUACUCAAGAUUAGAAAAUAUGGUCUUGUAAUGUCUGGGUGUAAACUUUACAUUAUGACCAUUAUUGAACUUACUUUGAACGUUCAAACCCGUCCAGUGAUUGUGACAACCUCCACUGCAGUCACCCAAAUACCCGGCGCUGAGGGUGAGCAAGUAGCUUUAACUUGCACUGCCACUAGCAAGCCUGCUCCUUCUUUAUCAUGGAAAAGAAAACUUAAUGGAACUGAUCUAACCUCAUUACAUGAUGACCAAGUUAAGAGCAUCACUGUAAAGAAUGACACCAGUGUUAUGAAAGUCACUGUUAGUACUGUUGGUGAGACGUUCUAUUGUGUUGCUGUAAACCUAGUUGGAAGUGAUAACCAGAAAUACACAAUAAGAAAAAGAGGUGUUCCAGAUGCUCCAACGCGAGUGAAACUGGUGGCAUUUCAAGUAGAUGGCGCUAAAACUGUGUGCGUCAAUGUCAGCUGGACUCCAGGUUACAGUGGUGGUUACCCUGUAGAUUUUGCAGUACUUUAUCGUGUGAAACGAAGUGGCGCAGAUUUAGUGGAAGAAGUUGUUGGACAUCCCGACAACAACAUUUGCACGAUACAAGGAUUAUUCCCUGAAACAGAAUAUCAAUUCACCGUCCAAAGUGCCAAUCAAGUCGGGAAAAGUCAAGCAUCAGUCUUGGCCCAAGUUUCAACACCAGUGUCUUCAGUACCACCAGAAGUAGGAAGAGGUAUGGUUAUAAAAGUUGAACCGAUGAUCGUAGAUUAAAUUGUGUAUAACCGACAACCUUAAAAUUGUGUUUAUAAAGGUCCAUAAAUCAAAGAUCUUAAUUGGUGCCAAAAAAGAAAGCUAAAAUAUUGUGGCAUAUUUAUGGCCGUUUGUCUUUUUCUACUAACUUUGUAAGAACGAUUAACUUGUUUUUCAAUGUAAACCUUAUAUUUUAAACCUUACGGUUUAUCUUUAAGUCUUAUUCCCUCUUAUUGGUCGAUAAAUUCCUACUUUGAUUAUCUUUGUUCAUCACUUU